AAGACAAGAAAUCAAAUUGCACCUCCAAUUUUUUCUGUCAGUAUCGUUUUCACCUUCUCGCCCAGCUUUCAAGUAACUAUUUUUCCCACAAACAUUUCCUAGUUCAUCUGUCUUGGUGCUCCCAAAGGGUGAUAAUAAAGCAGGAAGAUGAAGAUUAAGACGAAGGAAUCAACUAUGGUGUACCCAAUGGAAGAUACUCCAAGUGAGCAUAUAUGGCUCUCAAAUUUAGACCUUCUGCAAUCAAGAAGCCACCUUCCUUCAGCAUACCUUUACAAGCCAAAUGGUUCUUCAGGUUUCUUUGAAACUAAAGUGCUUAAAGAAGCAUUAAGCAAAGUUCUUGUUCCAUUCUACCCUGUUGCUGGAAGGCUGGGGAAAGAUGAAAAGGGUAGGCUUGAAAUACACUGCAGUAGUGACAAAGGAGUUCUUUUUACAGAAGCUGAAGCAGAUUCAGCCAUGGAUGAGCUUGGAGACUUCUUGCGUGAUGAUGUUCUUCGUUUUCUUGUUCCAAAAGUUGAUUAUUCUAAUGCCAUAGAUUCUUACCCGCUACUUGUUUUACAGGUGACAACAUUCACUUGUGGUGGAGUUUCUCUUGGAGUUGGGUGGCAUCAUACCCUAGCAGAUGGUUACUCUGCCCUCCAUUUCACAAUGUCAUGGUCCAGCAUUGCCCGAGGCCUCCCCAUCAGUAUCCCACCGUUCCAUGACCGGACUGUUCUCCGCUGCCGUGACCCACCAGCCCCUGUAUUCCCCCACAUUGAAUACGAUGAGCCGCCUGCUUUAUACAUUUCUCCGCAAGAUCAGAAAGAAAACCAACUGGGCUCUAGUAAUUAUUUGGAAACUCUUAAGAUCACAGCCGAUCAACUCGAGACCCUCAAAGCUAAAGUUAAAAGCAAGGACGACAAAACUAAAUAUAGCACCUAUGAGAUCCUGACCGCACACAUAUGGCGAUGUGCUUGCAAAGCUCGAGGUUUGUCAGAUGAUCAAGAAACCAAAUUAUAUAUAUCAGUUGAUGGUCGGACCAGAUUCAGUCCUCCACUACCAUCCGGGUUCUUUGGCAAUGUAGUUUUCCAUGCAACGCCAAUUGCUUUAUGCGGAGAAGUGGCGUCAGAGCCAUUAGUAGACACUGCGGGAAGAGUUAACAAGACGAUAAAGAGGAUGGAUGAUGAGUAUUUAAGAUCGGCUAUUGAUUACUUGGAAGAAAUUGGUGACCCUACGAGAGUGUCAGAAAGAGUUAUGAAGACCGGCGGCAAGUGCCCAAAUCUCAAGAUUGUAAGUUGGGCGCGGAUGCCAUUUCUUGAAGCUCAUGAUUUUGGGUGGGGGAAGCCAAUAUCCAUGAGAGCUGCAAACCCUUCGGAAGGGAAAGGACACAUAAUUUCAUGUCCAAGUGGUGAUGAAAAUUUAGUAUUGGCAAUAUGCUUAGGAACCCAUCAAAUGCCAGCCUUCAAAAAGUUGUUUUAUGAAUUCUGAUAAUUUUUAUGAAUUCUGAUAAUUUCUAUUAGUCUUUUCUAUUUUUUGGCAGCAUCUUGAACUGAGAUUGUGCUACAAGGCAUUUCUACUUAUUUUUAUCAAUACUCUCCUUUUCUUUAUA